CGAGAUGAAGCUCACAAACCCCCUGAUCAUCCUUAUGGGUUUGGUAGCACCGGUGCUUGUCGCGGCAACACUCGAUCCAGCCUCAUCGAACACAAAGGGCUACAAGCCCACGGCCCUGAAUUGCUCAGCCGCAAAGAUAUCCGCCGCAAUCCAAGCAGCCGAAUGCAGCCACAACACGCGCACAUCCGCUCCACAGACCUUUGCCGUUUUCCAGAUCGACCACCAGUAUGACGGGAUCAAUGGAUCUCCCUAUGGGACGUGCAGUGCUUACACGUGUACGCCGCCGCCUGAAUUUGAUGAUGGUGAGCUGGAUCCGGAUGAGGAUUACUGGAUUUUCUACUGGAGUGACAGUGGCACGGAGAGUGGCGUUGGGACGGGGUGUAUUCGGGAUCCGAAUACGGGGGAAUGUGGGUGUGAGAAUUCUGAUGGGACGUUUGUUGUUGGGGGGGAUAGUUGUGUUUGA